UUUCAUUCAUUUCUUGUUUUGACGUUUGGUUUAAAACAUCUGUUAAUAAAUGCAGCGAUGAUUGAAUCGGCGCUCGAGGAGACAGUUUGGGACGACGGCGGCGACGACACGACGACACCCGUGGCCGCCGACGACGACGUCGAUUCGAACUCAUUAUUCAACUGGAACUCAAGAACUCAUUAUUCGGUGAUCAUUCUGAACGACAGACUGAUGUCGGAAACGCUUCUGUCGGACGACGACGAGAGCGACACUCAUUGUCGUCGGCGACGUCGCGACGACCCGUUUGUCGUCGAUUCGGACGACGAGACGACCAAAUGUCGUCCUUUGGUGCGGCGCUCACCGAAAGCGAUGAAGAGUUCAUCGAAAGGCCAUUCACUGAGCGCUGAAGCGAGACUUCGCUCUCAUUCAGGUAUUAGUGCUUUCAAAACCGGUUUUCCACAAAUUCCUCAACAUUUCAUUGACUCGUUUCACGUGACCUCCAAUGACCCAAAACCAGAAGACAUUGACCUUCAAGCGAAUGAGGCCGCCGUCGCCACGACGACGACGACAGAGACGACGAAACCGGUCUCCACGUUGGCCGCGCUCCUCAACAACCCCUGCCUUCCGCCCACUCCGCCCUCUUCGCACUGCGGCUCCGACUCGGAGACCAUUUUCCAUCACGUGAUCGAACAGAAACCGCUCGACUUCCGCCGCAUUGCCGACAUCCGGCGCAAGAGCGGCGUCAAGAGCGGCGUCACGGCGUCGUCGCCCACGACGCUCAUCUCGAUUCAGCCGAAGAACGCGAUCCACGGCUCGGCAGUGGUUCUGACGGAAGAGGAGAAGCGAACGCUUCUGGCCGAAGGAUAUCCCAUUCCGCAGCGCUUCCCAUUGACCAAAUCGGAGGAGCGGUCGCUGAAGAAGAUCCGGCGGAAGAUCAAGAACAAGAUCUCGGCGCAGGAGUCGCGGCGCAAGAAGAAGGAGUACAUGGAGGAGUUGGAGCGCAAAGUGCAACAAUUGGCGGAAAAAGUGCGCGAAUUGGAGAAAGAGAACAAACUUUUGAAACAGAAAUAA